UUCACAUGUCCGCUGCUCGAGCAAAUCAAGGAGCUGCACUAAAUCCAUCCGACGCAUAAACAAAGCAGUAAAAAUGAGUGGUCAAACAUGUUGGCCUCUCAUCCUCCUAGUUGUGAUUCUGCUGCCGGGUCAAGACAAUGCCGCUCGCAUCCUCGGAUUUUUCCCCGUGCCCAGCCGCAGCCACAUGAUCGUGUUCUCCGCCCUGACGAGGGCACUGGCCGAGCGGGGUCACGAACUGGUCGUGGUCAACAAUUACCCAUUGAAAGAUCCGCCUGCAAACUACACGGACGUCGACCUGUGGGACACCCUGAAGGGAAUUUACGACGACACGGUGAACGAGCACACGUACGCCCUGUCGAAUCUGCCCACGAUCACCCUCCCCAUGCUCUACUGGAUUGAAGGGGUGCAUUUCAUGGACUUGGUGUUGCACGACCCCAAAGUGAACCAAGUGAUAAACGACACGAGAGGUUUUGAUUUGGUCAUUGUUGAGGAUUUCCUCACAGACUCCUCAUUUGCUCUUGCGCAUCAUUUCCAGGCUCCGCUCGUCUUGAUAUCCUCGAUGGGUGGUUUCCACUGGACGAAUUACGCGGUUGGCAACGCGGCGCCGACGUCGUACGUGCCCAACACCAUGCUUUCGUACGGCUCGAAAAUGACCUUUUUCGAGCGCUUUGUCAACACGAUGUACCAAUGGUACUGGGACGUCGGCAGCACAUUCUACUUGAUGCGGUACCAAGAAAAAAUCAAACGCGAAAUCUUCCCUGACGCUCCGUCCAUCUACGAACUGCGCCGAAGCGCCAGUUUGGUGCUGCUGAACAACCACUUUUCCUUCAACUACCCGCGCCCUUUGGUGCCCAACCUGGUCGAGGUCGGCGGAAUGCACCUCAAGCCCCUCAACAGGCCGCUGCCGAUCGACAUCAAGGAGUGGUUGGACGGCGCCAAGCACGGUGUCAUUUACUUCUCCAUGGGCUCCAAUUUGAGGGGCACGUGGUUCCCCGAGAGACAGAGAAAGGCCUUCAUCGAGGCGUUCGCCGAGUUGCCGCAGAGGGUUUUAUGGAAAUGGGAAAGUGACUCCAUUCCCGACCAGUCCAAAAACGUCAAGGUCUACCCGUGGAUGCCUCAGCAAGAAAUUCUGGCUCAUCCAAACGUGAAAGUUUUCAUCACGCAUGGCGGUCUGCUCGGAGCUCAAGAGGCGAUGUACAACGCUGUGCCUCUAAUUAGCAUCCCUGUUGCCUGCGACCAGUAUUUGAACGCGAAAAGGGCAGAGCUGGGCGGCUACGGACUUCAACUUCAUUUGAGGAAUAUCACGAAAGAGAGCGUCAAGUGGGCUAUUAAAACUGCCCUGUUUGAUAAAAAAAUCAGGGCGGAGGCGAAGAGGAGGUCGGAAAUUUUCCACGAUCAGCCAGAAACUCCACUUGAGCGAGCCGUUUUCUGGGUUGAGUACGUCCUGCGGCACAAAGGGGCGCCCCACCUGCGUUCGGCAUCCCUCGGCCUGCACUGGAUGCAGGAGGCGUUGCUCGACGUUUACGCCGUCAUGGCUUUCAUGUCACUCGUUUUCAUGUACAUUUCAUACUUGUUAGUCAAAAGGGCGUUCAUCAAAACCAAAGCGAAAUUAAUCGACUUUGUACAAGUAGUCCACGAUUGA